UUCACGUUUUCUUCUGAUCUCUUUAGUCAUCCGGCAGCAAACAAUUAUUAUAUUAUUUGAUCAUCCCUUUCAAUUGAUUGGCUAAGAUGAUAUCCGAUAACAAGAUUGUGGCAUAAUCAUCAAGCAAAAACUGUUACAAUAUGGAAGCAAUUGGUGAGGAGAUUGAUGAAGUAAACUUUGAUAUUUGUGAUAAAGUUGAGAAAUCCAUGGGAGAGAUGUUGGAAAAACUGCCUCCCCUUCAUAAAGAAAGCAGCAUCUAUCGAGUUCCCAAACAACAACGCGAGAUGAAUCCUAAAGUCUAUCUCCCUCAAUUUAUUUCCAUUGGUCCUUAUCACUAUAAGACUCAAGAGAAUUUGAAAGCCAAUGAACAAUAUAAGUUUCGAGCUUUCAUUAAAUUUCUAUAUCGUAUGAUCAAUAGAGAUUAUGAAUAUAGUCAAGAAUCGUUGAAGGGAAUCCUGAAAGCUGGAACACUGAAGCACAUUGUAAAAACAUCUCAUUGUUGGACGAAACAAGUUUGGAAUAGCUAUGCAUCAUCCAUAAACAUGAAAGAGGAGGAGUUCAUUAUAAUGAUGCUUGUAGAUGCUUGCUUUAUAAUAGAUUUUCUUCUCGAUCCAAGUUUCUACAUAGGAUUAAUAUUUGACAUAUAUAUUGAUUUGAUAAAGUUGGAAAAUCAACUUCCUUUGUUUCUUCUUCAAAGAUUGGCUUACCUUUUACCCAUAACCCCAAAUCCUUGCUUCCCUGGACUAGUUAUUGCAAGAAUUUCUGGGAUUUCUGAUAUAUAUACAUUUUCUUCUAUGCACGACCCGUGUGAUAUAGAACCAAAACACUUUGUCGAUUAUUUAAAUUUCUACUUCCCACAACCCCUUUAUGAUAUGACGUACAAUAAGCAGCAGGAGGAAAAUUAUGGAAAGAAGAAGAGUCAUGUAAGUUUCAUCCACCCAUACUUUUGUGAUUUUUGGAAUAAGAUGAUCCACUGUGCGAAGAACGAAAAGAAAAAAAAGAGGGAAAAGAGGCAGAUGCCUCCAUCCAUAACUGAGCUUUGGGAGGCUGGUGUAACCAUAAAGAAAGCAGAAAAUCCCAAAUCUAUAACCAGCAUUACCUUCAAAAGUGGAGUUUUGGAAAUCCCGCACUUAAAUAUUCAUGACAGCUUUGAGAUCCUUAUGCGAAACCUAAUAGCAUUUGAGCAAUUUUCUGAUCCAUCGAAGAAGAAGACAUGUGUUAUCGAAUAUAUCUUAUUUCUGGAUCAUUUGAUAAGUACAGAAAAAGAUGUGCGUUUACUUGUGAAAGUGGGAGUCAUAAACAACUCAAUUGGCGGCAGCGAUAAAGAAGUUUCAGAUCUAUUUAACGACCUAUGUAAAUAUGUGACAAUUUCAAAAUCUUCCCCAUACACUGAAAUCAUCAACAAUUUAUGUGAGCAUUGCGAUGAAUGGUGGAACAGGGCGAUGGCCUCACUCAUACAUAACUAUUUCAAUACACCAUGGGCUAUUAUCUCAUUCUUUGCAGGAGCACUCCUCCUUAUUCUCACCCUUCUUCAAACCAUUUUCUCUGCCAUCUCUGCAUUUCCUACCUAACUCAAACCUAUAUCCCUUGUCUUUAAUUGUGUUAUAUAAGAGUGUGCGUGUUUCGAUAUUAUUAUUAUUAUCAUCCUUACUAUUGUGUUUUAUAUAAUUAUAUGUUAUGACUUAAUGAUAUAUUUAUUCACUGAUGUUCAUUUUCUAUUGAAUAAAAUUAAGCAGCCCAUUGGGCUCUUUAGCCUUUGCCUA